CCACCAUAAUUUUCCCAGGCCCUACCGGUAGGGCAUAUGUCCUACGUUGGGAAUCACUGCUAAGGCAUCCAAAAUAUGAAUGAAAUUCGAGUAGAAGACAUAGUAGCAGCAAUGAGAAAAGUCAAAAACAAAACGGAAAUUAUAACAGAAAUCCAUUCGCAGAAUGGAACAGAUUCUCAAAUGAAGUUUCUAUUGCCACCCGAUUUCAGCGAACACAAACUCCAGAUCACUUCACCUUCAAUGUGCUGCAUAUCUUCACUGCGUAUCACUGCAACCGCGCUUGAACACAAGUCCUCACAACCUCUCUUUAGUAGUUUACUUGAUCCUCCUACAUCUGUGUUUGCUUCUUAAAAAAAAUCAAAACCAAAAAAAAAUAGCACAAAGAAAAGAUUCAUUCCUUCUCAUUUCUUCAGACCAACCUUGAGAGUUUAUAAUUUCUAAAGUAAUGGUCGGAGUAAAUGUAGAAUCUAUUUAUUUAUUUAUUUAUUUAAGUUUUACUUCAAUUUCUUCACCAAAUCUUGAUAUUUCUCUUACAUAGUUGGGAAGGUAUAUAUAUAUAUAUAUAUUUGUAUAUAUAUAUAUAUAUGUAUAUGUAUGUAUGUAUAAAUACUCACACAUACACAAAGAUCUGAUUCCCUCUGUCUUUCUUAAAAAAUCUCUUGAGAUUGUCUGCAUACAAUAAUUAAUUGAAUCUCUGUGAUAAGAACUUCUUAAUUACUUCAUUAAGGCAAUGUUGUGUAUACACUUUAAUUGUACCAAACCUAUGCAUUCUAGUCACAUACUCCCUCACUUUGUUUUAAACCAAAGAGUAACGCUCUAGUCAAUUAUUUUGGUUUUAUAAAUAAAUUCUCCAUAGUUUUUACUUCAAGUGCAUAAAGUCACUAUAUAAUAUUUGAAAACAAAAUUCUGCAUUUACUUAAAAAACAAAACCCCCCUUCAAAAACGAAGUAUUAUUAUUAAAUACUAUUAUUAGUAAAUAUUAAGUGAUUUAAUAUCCUUAAGAAAAUCCAUAUUAUAAUUUGUCAUGUUGAUAUCCUCUUGAAAAUCCAGGACCCUUUUGUCCAAUGUAAUAUCAUUGUCAUCAUUGUAAUAUCAUUGUCUUCCUGAAAAGGAAGGGAGAGAAAUGUUUUUUAUGUUCCCUUUGCAAUUUGUAAAAUCAAAUUUUCCCUAAGAUAUAUUAGCUACACUUUACUUAUGUAGUACUCCACUUUUUAGGUGUAAUUAGUCUUAGACGGGUUAAGUAUGGAUAAUUCAAAAUAGCUCAGAAUAUUCUAAUAUAGUAAUUUGCUUGUGUGUAUUUAGAAUUGUGGAGAUUGAAUUGGAAGUCAUUUAAUUAACUGCAAGACUAUUUUUACAAAAAAAAAAAGAAGCAUCAUCAUGAUAAUUAAUACUUAAAAUAUAACGACAUACUUUAGAUGCUCAACACUAACAAGGCUGCUGGUCUUAGUUGUAGCAUUGUGUCAGAUUUUAGGAUUUUAGUGAGGCUCUUGUGUUUGGAAAAAGUGUGUUUGUCCGUGUAACUAAGUAGGAGAUAUGCAGAUGGCUGAAGAUAAGAAGGUGACCGGAAACCAUGCAAGUUUGGAGAACUUACAACAAGUUCCACUGUCACAGAAAAGUGUUGAGCAGAUCAUUACGUUUCCUUGGAGUCGUGACCAUUCGUUGAGCUGCUACCACGGCUUGGACCAGAAUGUCAAACCUGGAGAAUAUGUCCUUCUCACACUCUUCAUGGAGUUCUGUUCGAUUACUGAACACAAAAUUGAACAAGUCCUUGCCGAACCACUUAAAAACCAUUUUUCUAAAUCUCUACAAAGAAAUGAGGACCCCCAGUUCGACCAGCUGCUUGCCUCCCUCGGCUGUGUGGCUGAACAAGGCCUGCCAUCUCUCCUGCAUUCCUUUCUUAAAUGGUAUGAAAAACAGUCCCUUGUUGACAACAGUCAUCUCCUUGAUCGUUACCGUAUACGAAAUAAAGGAGAGAAAAACUUCUUGUGCGAGCGCCGUGAACUGGCUGUCGAUUAUGUUUAUUGUUUGGUGCUGAUUGAGAUUUUACCGAAACUCUCAUACCACCCGGGUCAUGAUGAACUUGUCACAUGCAUUAUCAACCAGGGGUUCCGGCACUUCAAGUACAAAGAUGGUUUACAGGCAAACCCAAAUGCUGGCAAUAUCAAACUGAUUUCUAGUCUGUAUGCAGAGGUGAUCGGUGUUCUGGCUCAGUCUCGGUUCCCACCGAUUCACAAGACUUUUCUCAAUGAACUCAAAGAACUGAAACUCCGUGAUCAGACGCCGUUCACGGCACAAAGUGUUAUUAGCCUCCUGAUGGGCCUGAAGUUUUUCCGUGUCAAAAUGCAUCCAAUUGAAGAUUUUGAAAUGUGUGUCCAGUUCCUGCACGAGUUGGGUCAGUAUUUUCUCGAAGUGAAAGACCGGGAUAUCAAACAUGCCUUAGCCAUGUUGCUUGUGGAGAUCUUACUGCCCGUUGCUGCCCAAGCUAAAAAUGAGGUAAACGUCCCAGUUUUGAAGAAUUUCGUCGAGAUGCUCUACUCAACCACCAUUGAUAUGACCACGAAAAAGAAACACACUCUUCAUUUAUUUCCUCUGGUCACCUGUCUGUUGUGUGUUAGCCACAAACAAUUCUUCCUUAGUAACUGGCCAUACUUUCUCACAAUGUGUUUGUCUCAGUUAAAGAACAAAGAAGCAAAAAUGUCACGGGUUGCUCUCGAAUCUCUCUACCGCUUGCUCUGGGUCUACAUGGUGCGGAUUAAAUGUGAAAGUAAUACAGCCACCAGGAGUCGACUUCAAAGCAUUGUGAACAGUCUCUUUCCGAAAGGCUCGAAGAUGGUAACACCACGUGACACACCGCUCAAUAUUUUUGUCAAGAUCAUUCAGUUUAUUGCUAAAGAAAGACUGGAUUUUGCCAUGAAAGAAAUAAUUUUUGACUUACUUUGUGUUGGAAGACCAAUCAAAUUCUUGACACCAGAAAGAAUGAGCAUCGGUUUGAGAGCCUUCCUAGUUAUUGCCGACAGUCUACAGCAGAAGGACGGUGAUCCUCCGAUGCCUCAGUCUGCAGCAACAUUACCUUCUGGCAGUACAGUCCGUAUCAAGAGAACAUUUUUGAACAAAAUGCUGAGUGAGGAGACAGCCAAGGACAUUGGUCUAUCAUGCUACUAUCCUCACAUCCUGAAAACCUUUGAUUCAAUCCUUCGUGCUUUGGAUGUGCAAGUAGGUCGUCCAUUAUUACAGACAAAUUCUGAAAACACGGGCAAAGAAGUCGACGAACUCAUUACCAGUGACCGUAAACCUAAAAUUGACUUAUUCCGGACAUGCAUCGCUGCAAUUCCCCGCUUGAUACCCGAAAACAUGUCAAGCCAAGAACUUGUCGAACUGCUUACUCGUCUGACAGUACACAUUGAUGAUGAAUUGAGGGGUUUAGCAUUUCAAGCUUUGCAAAACCUGAUGCACGAAUCCCAGACUUUCAAAGAACAAGUCAUUCGAGGUUUUGUGCAGUUUAUUCAGCGUGAUGUCAGCGACACAGCAUCUCAGCCACUGGACGGUGUUCUUCGUAUGUUAGUGCAGUUGCUAGUCCAGUGGAAGAGCAACCCUGGACAGCAGCAGAGCUUGACCUCGGUACCGGGUCAAGGAGCUAGUAAACUGGACGGUAGUAACGGUGCUAUUGGUCGUGAUGCAACAGCUGAACUUGUUGUACUUCACGAUGUCGAAGGGUUGGCUCUUGUCAUGCUAUGUAGCAUUCAACUUGUCAUCCGCAAAUUGGCUCUGCUUCUACUCAAGGAGGUGCGCAACAUCUUUACUAGUUGCCAACACGGUUCAUCGACGACCUGCAGCAACUGCAAUACUUCACAGCAAUCUAAUCAUCAUCAACAUUAUAACCACCACAACAUAACUCGCCAUCACCAAAACCUCCUCCAACAUCAUCACCAAAACCUCCUCCAACAUCAUCACCAUCACCUCCAUCAGCCACAGUUGCAGCAAAUAAACAAGUCAUACUGCAGUAAAACCUGUUUAAUUGACCAGAUGGAAUGUAUGUGUCUGCCAGUCAUGACUAAAAUGCUUGCGAUUCUUCCACCAGAUGAGAAAGCAUCUCUGAUUGCCUGUUCCAACAUUGAUCUGAAUUGGAUAAUCGAUCGAGCAGCCAGUACCUGGCUGUCUGGUGCCAGUCAGGACAGCCAGGACAUGCACCAGCUGAUGGUCAACUCCUCGUUUAACCAACCGGACCCCUGGAUACAUCGUCUUGUUGGACUUAUUGCAUCUGAGGAAUCGUUGAAGAAGUGUAGUCAUGCUGUCAACUGUGCAUGGAUGAUCGUCUAUACUCGACUGCAAAUGUUGUUUCCUUUGGUUGAUGCCAGUUCCCAAACCAACGAAUAUCGGUCGUCAAUACUGCGUUCUGGAAGCAAGAAAGUCACAAAUGACUAUGAUCUCUACUUACGUCUUUGGCAAAACUAUGUGAUCCUUGCUUGUUGUUUAGCUCAACAAGGUACAGUUUUACCGUAUCAUCGGUGUGCUUCUCCGGAACUUGGAUUUUCCCCAGAAAAUUUUCCACCAUUGUCUUCCGAUAAAACAGAGAAUAAACAAACAGCUCAGAGCAGUAACCUCUUCCGUUUGCUUGUGCCGUUGAUAAAGUGUGAAAGUGCUGACAUGAGGGAUUCCGUUGUUAACGGUUUGGGUUACACCAAUCCCACCGUUUUUAAAGAACUCCAAGAAGAACUACUCCCUUACUUAAAGGAAGCCAAUGAUAAGAAAGUCGAUAACAUCAAACAAAGGCGCAAACGCAACAACCUGAGGGUUCAGCUGACUCGAUUGUUCAAACUAAUGGCUGAAAACGGGACGUUUGGACUUCACAAUUCUGGAGUCAUUGAUGCUGAUAAGAACUGCUUGAAUUCCAUGUUCCUCGACUACAUCGAUGGUGCUCGUGUUUAUUUAGAAGGUGAGAAUGAAAGAGAUUUGCCAAAUAUUCAAGAAGUGAGAUUACAUUUUAGUAGUUUCAUUCGUUUGUUGAUCCAAAACACUCCGUUGAAGCAGAGGAACACUCUACUGUCGAAAGAAACACGUCACAGUUUAUUCCAUCUUCUUGCCAUCUGGAGUGGCCACUUCAGUUCAUCAUUCGUGCAUCUCGAGAGGAAGCUGUCUAAGGAGGAGGUCAGUCCAGAGUUGGAGCUGGCCACUGUCAGAGCCAUGUCUUCAGUAUUGACCUGCGGUCCAGUUUUCGACCCAAAUGGCCUGAAUGAAGAUGGCUAUGUUUAUACUUGGCUCGACGCUCUGUGGAAUUGUCACGAGACUGAGAUGCAGGAACAAAUUCUGAGCUUGGCCAAAGAGACUGUGAUUCUACUGUUGGACUUCAACCCAGAUGUACAAUAUUUACUGGACUGGGUCAUUGACCAUUGCUAUACUGCUAACAUGGAAGUCGCUGACCAUUGCUUAAAUGCUUUAGCUGCUGUGUUUCAAACUAAGGAAUAUUCUUGUGAUCUGAUUGCCAUGUUGAAUCUUGUCGUGUUGAACGUUGGCAGCACUCGUGUCGAAACUCAUGACACAGCGCUUCAGUUACUGAGACUUCUCGACAGUUACUUCUUCCAAGACAAACCUGUCUUUGAAGAAUCUACUUUAGACGCAUCUCAACAACCAAAUACUCUCAAUGAUAUUUUGUUGACCGUGAACUAUGGUCAGUCUCAAGUAGUCUUGUCUGACCAGUUGGUCAAAUUACAUCCAGACAUGACAAUGCCAAUGUUUUCCGAAAUCACUCAUCGGUUUCAGACUGCACGCCCAGCAUUGCGAGAGGUUCUACUCAAAUGUCUGUUGCCGUGGUUACACAACAUCGAACUCGUUGACCCUUCUCUGCCAUCUUCUACUGCUAUGUCAAGUUUCUUAACCAGUGUACAAGACAGCCAGACCGAUAAAGUAACCAAGUCAUACCUGGAAGGCGAGGGUUGGGGGUCUGCUCAGGCCACAGAAAUGGUGCUAAAUAAUCUGCUGUAUAUUACUGUGAAAUUUGGGGAUAGUCACCCGACUGAGAUUGAACACCUAUGGGCUGCUUUGGUAAAAUACUGGGCCAACAAUUUAAGGGUAGUCGUACGAUAUUUAGUUAUUGUCACCAAUAUGUCGCCAACAGUGUUACUGCCCUACGCUAAACGUGUUAUCAGUUAUCUCGGCCGAGCCAAACCAGAGAAGCUUGUCGAUGAAUUAAUGAACGAAUUACAAACAGUGGAAACUUUAAAUCAGACCAUCGAACGCACUCAGACUCCACCAUUCUAUCGGUUGUCAUCUUUGAAGAAGUCAGCUACAAACGCCAACACCACAGACGAUGAAAAGCUUGGCCGUACACAGGCUCCAGAGAAUUCCCUAGAAAAGGGGGUGCUGCACACAAAGCGGCACAGCACAUGUGAAGAGAUCACAACUGAAGGCACCCCCUGUACCGAUUCCACUACGUUUCUCUGUAGUAUUUCUAGCAUGUCCAGCUCUUCUUCAGUCAGCAGCAGUCACGACUUGAUGGAAGAGAACUGUGCAAGCCCCACCAAUACUCCAGUACCUUACCCGCUUCCUAUGCCAGCUUACGGCGGAUAUUUUGCUCCCAUGUCUGAACUUCUACCGGAUACAUUUGUUCCUACCGCUGGAUUACAUCGCAGCUAUCUUGGUAUAAUGUUUCUGUCUGAUCUUGUGCUUGAUGGCCUCGAUAUAGACUGGACACCUCAUCUACCUUUGCUACUGCACAUUGUCUUUCUGGGACUUGACCAUUCUCGAGCGAUUGUCUAUGAACACUGUAAGAAAAUAUUUCUCAACUUGUUGCUCUUCCAAGCUUCGGUUCCUGAGCACCAGUACAUUGCACGCCUUUUGAUCUCACGAAUGCCACGACUGAAGUUGCUGAGUGAUAACCGCAAGACUUUUACUGCAGACAGCCCAGCUGUUGAAGAAGAUAAUUUAUUGUGUAAUCAGUUAACUAGCACUACACGGACCACUGCUGACCUCACCAAAGACUCUUCACAACAUGACUCAGUGGAAGCAACUGUGGACAGUCUGUUGUGCUUUUUGGCCAGUAAAACUGGGAAACCACUUUGGAAUUACGAAGAUAUCACACCGAAGACUCUUACAACUAUCAGUUCUUCGUCAUUGGACUAUUUCUUAAAGUUAGUAGUGAGGGUGUUUGAAGAAUUGGUACCCUUGGCCCUUGUUGAACAACGAUGGUCACAGAUAGCCCUGCAAAUGGCAUUGUCCUGCUCUUCCAGACAUUAUGCCGGUCGUUCCUUCCAGGUCCUACGGGCUCUUCAAGUGCGUCCAUCUACACAGAUGCUGUCUGAUAUUCUGUCGAGACUUGUGGAAACGGCAGCCGAACAAGGCGAAGACAUGCAAGGGUAUGUAACGGAAAUUAUGUUGACCCUGAUUGCUUCUGUAGACAACCUCGACCUGGAGUUGAGGCCAACUGAUAUGAUGCGGGAACUAUUUUUAUCGACACCAAACCUCGCAAAAGAAAGCUCCACUGAAGUUGCUCGUGGUUCUGUAGUUAAUGCAAACUCUGGCCCUGCACACACACGUAGCACUAGCUACACUGUAUCCGUCCUGUCACGCCUGACUGCUUGUGUUGCAGCUGGCAUGCCACGUGUGCGUUCGCCAUCAGAAGUGCACCGGUCAUGUUUAGCCAAAUCUCACAGUGCUCAGUCUCUGAAGAACUUUGACGAAGCCAGCACUGAAGAUAAACUAACAAUUGUUACUCAGAUGUUCUGGAUGGCUGUUUCCAUGUUGGAAUCAGACUACGACUACGAAUUCCACCUUGCUAUCAAACUUCUGGAUAAGAUUCUGAAACACUUGCAGCCUGAAAGACCUGAAUGCCGGGAGAAGCUUGAUAAGAUCUUACAACAGAUAAAAUGGAAUAAUUUCCCCGGCGUGCAGAUUCUUCUGUUAAAAGGUUGCACUUCACAUGCAUUAGCAGAGCCAACAUGGCUCCUUUUAUCUCAAUUGACUCUUUGCAUCAAUGCUCCAGUGAUGGACCCCAGCGGAGCCCUUGGUUUCCCCAUUAACGUCAUCGCCUUACUGCCUUAUUUAAUACACCACUACGAGAACCCAAGCUCAGAAUGUCGUGAGGCUGCUGAUCGAAUUAGUCAGAUGUGUGGUCAGCAGUCUGAGAAACUUCACAAUCUUGCAACUGUAAUGUCUCUUUAUAGCCGAGGGACAUUCAACAAGGACAGUUCGCAGUGGACCAAAUGUGUAGUGAAAUACUUGCUGGACGUGUAUGCGUGCACCAGUCUUAGUAUGAUUACAUUCCUUGUUGAAGUUUUGGAACGAGGACCAAUUAAUUAUCAACCAGACAUUCUCCAGAUUCUUCACUGCAUUGUUCAUUACGUUGAUUUCAACACAACAUGUAAAAAGGUUUUGAACCAGCAACUGUUCUGCCCCGUAUCACGCCAUACCAAAGGAAUCCACUGGAAAGAAGCUUUAAAGAUUCUCAAACUCGCAGUCACUCGAUCGUCUACUCUUGCUGCUGCGUUCCCAAGUGGUGGUGAUGCAGGAGGUCCACCUGGAAACCGUUCGUCCUUUGUGGCAGAUACCGGAAUCUUCCGUAAGAAGGAGUUACCAGGACUGACGCUAGACUUCACAGUGGACUUGUCCAAUCGGGCAUUGAUUGGUCACAAGUAUCUGGGUAUCGAUCUGUACCCGAAAGAAGACAACAAGAAUGUCAGCCUUCUGUCCGUUAGUCGGAAACAUUCUGGUAACCAAGAUUAUGAGUCAUCCUGGAAGAAGCCAAUGAUGUCACAGACACGGACACGGGAACGAUUGAUCAGCCUGCUGAACUAUUUCGGACAGCGCAUUGGGCUGCCCAAGAGCCCUUCGGUGAUAUUCAGCCAGUCCAGUGACCAACAACACAGUGUAACAUCCAGUGGUGAAGAGACAUCUAUUCCAGAAACACCAUCAAAUGAUGCUCUGUUGAGCGAUACUAACAGUAGUGACCUUAUGAUGACCUUCAAAAGGUUUGAUUUUCUUGACAACGAACUGGAGAAAGAUGAACAAAACGACGACUAUUUCUCAUUGGGUGAUCGGUGCCAGUCAUUUAAUCUUCACAGCUCCGAGAUUUCCUCAAAGACCACAUUUGGAAGCUCCCCUGAAUUGAAACUACAGGACAGUAUAGAAGACCUGAAGGGCAUAAUGUCAAGCGAUAUUAACUGUUUACUUGAAGUGUCAACGUCUGACGAAGAAUCGCAAACCCCUGGAGCCGAUGAUGAUGGAAUGCCUCGUGACCUUCCCUCCAGUAAUUCAUCAGCCAUGCUACAAAACGAUACAUUGAUUGAACGAGAUACAUCUAGCCCUGUUCUAGUGGCCACCUCGUCCAACAGUUCUCCCAGUGAAAUAGAUCUUAUGGUGCUCAGUUCCAGCACAUCCCGUGCACUAAGUCUCGCAAGCCUUGGUGCCAUCUAUUUCACUAUACCUCCUGAUGAAGCAUGGCAAACUCAUCUGCACCAAGUUCUCACAGAUUCCUCCGUAUCGUUGACCAGUGCCACUUGCCUUAUUUUCCCACGUCUUUAUAACGAGCAUAAGAAAUGCAUAGCUAACCUGACGCAGGAAGCGUGCUCGUACAUAGGCGAACAUGACAACUUGCAAGAACUCACCAGCAAAUUCAUGCAUAUCCUUGACACACUGUUUUCCCAGAUGGAAUGUCCGUAUGUGUUUGUCCAACCAGAGUCUCUGUUGGAGAACAGUAUUAUUGACCGACAUAAGUUCUGCGUCCUAGAAAUUCAGGAAUGUUUAGAAAUGUUAAGCAUGCGACUUACUCAAGCCGAACAAUGUCUCGAAACAAUGAAGUCAAUGGCAUUUCUUGAGCCUCUAAAUGAAGGUGCUGCCUCGGCCGAAGCGAGGAAUUCCAGUAUUGAUGACCAGAAGGGGGAGAUGUGUCGACAGCUCUACAAACUGCUUUUCCAGCUGGUGUUACUCUUUGAAAGUUUCAUUAAGGUUGUUGAUAUCUUCCAGAAUUUGACCUUGACUGGCCAAGCUUUAGAC